UCAUGCUGCUGCCAAGUCCAGAGUCUGUCAUGGGUCCCUGUACGGCCUCCCAUUGCUGCUGUCUCCAUCGCCACACUCUGCCAUGUGCCACUUUCAGGUCUCCUCACACUGCUGGUGUGUUCCAUUUUUUGUCAUAGGGUGCUGGCAGAUUAUGGGCCUCCCAUAGCUGCUGCCAGGCCCCUAAUCUGCCAUGGGCCCCUAUACCGCCUCCUCAUGCUGCUGCCAAGUCCAGAGUCUCUCAUGGGUCCCUGUACGGCCUCCCAUUGCUGCUGUCUCCAUCGCCACACUCUGCCAUGUGCCACUUUCAGGUCUCCUCACACUGCUGGUGGGUUCCAUUUUUUG